AUAAAAUCCCUUAAAAAAAAGUAAGGCGGUAAGGUCGAUUGACGAACGACGAUUUUGUUUUUAUUUUGAAACCGUGAGCGGAAUAAUUGUCAAUUUGUUAUACAUAAUCACAAAUUGUGUUGUGAUCUACCUUUAUUAUGGAAAAUUGGUCAAUGGAGACACCAUCAAGAAUAAACGCUGAAAAUAUACCUCAAACCAUAACUCAAAAUCCGAGUGAACUUACAUUGGGUUCGGCGUGUACAGAAAACGCUUUUCAAUAUCCAGCAUUAUUUACAAGCAAAAGCUUUCUUGAAUUGUCCACUUGCUCGUGGUCAAGGGGUCGUAAUGCUAAUGAGAAUAUACAGCCUUAUUUACGUGGAUGUAAGUGGUCCCCAGAUGGAACCUGUUGCUUAAGUGUUGUCAAUAACGAUGGUGUUCAUGUUACCGAGCUUCCUAGUGAAUUGUACCAGGGCGUUGUUUGUGGCGAUCGUAUAAUCGAUGUCUUAGAAUCAGUGAUACAUUUAAAAGAAACAGGUUCAGUUUACGACUUCUGUUGGUACCCAUUCAUGAACAGCACAAAUCCCCCUUCCUGUUGCUGGUUAACAACAAAACAAAAUUCUCCCAUACAAAUGUGGGAUGCAUUUGAUGGAUCACUCAGAUGUUCAUACAGAGGAUUCAAUGCAGUAGAUGAAAUGGAACCAGCUUUAUCAGUUAGCUUUACCUCAGAUGGUAGAAAAAUCAUUGCUGGCUAUAAGAAGCAUUUAAGAAUUUUUGAUGUUGAGCGGCCUGGCAGAGAAUUUACUGAGCAAAAGAUUUCUAGUUCAGCAUCUAGCAUUUCAACACAAAAUAACUUAGUUGCUGUUGGUUCUUGGAAUACAACAAUAACUUUGUAUAAUGAAUCAGAAAUUGGUACUAAGAAAAUUGGGGACAUGUAUGGACAUGGAGGUGGAGUAACGCACAUGAAAUUCAUUCCUGGUACUUUGAAGCUUGUUUCUGGUGCAAGAAAAGAUCACAGACUGUUUGUUUGGGACAUACGGUAUUAUAGGAAACCACUAAACAUUCUGAGUAGAGUUGUAAAUACGAACCAACGAAUUUAUUUUGAUAUAUCACCUUGUGGAAAAUAUUUGGUAUCGGGUGGUACAGAUGGAGUGGUAAAAGUUUGGUCACUUGAUCAUAUAGAUUGGCAUUCUAGUUUAGAUCCAGUUAAUAAUACAACUGAUGAUGUUACUUAUAAGUUUCCUUUAUACAAAGAUUGCUGCAAUAGCAUAUCAAUUCAUCCAUAUAGACCCAUAUUGGCUACCGGAUCUGGUCAAUAUCAUUUCACAGACCCGAUAAAAUCUUUGAGUGAGAAAACGAAUAAUGAAGCCGUAGAUUCUAGUUCUGAUGAUUCUAUUAACCAGUAUGAUAUACGAUACUCUAGUCACAGUGAAAAUUGUUUGACGUUCUGGUGGACUGGGGAUGUUAUAGAAUUAAAUAAAAACCUACGUCGUUGUGUUUAAGCAGAUGAAUCUUUAUGUAUUUCAAUUUAUACAUUUGUAGUUGAUGUUGUGUGAAAAAAUGAAUGUGAUAGAUGAGUUUCCACUUUAAAAAAAUUUACAUGACUUAUGUUGACUCUGACCUUCAAGCCUUCUCUUUUCUUAUGUUGGCUGGCAAUCAAACUGAAAGUGUCAAAAAUCUUUGUGAUUUUUUUUGGUUCAAUAGUAUUUAUCGAGUAGUCUGAUAUGUAGAUAUGAAGAAUAUUUUUUAUAUUGUCUACCCUAUUUAAAUACCCCCUAUUUACAAGUAUAGUUAAAGUGAAAGGUUUUCAACUAUAAAGUUGAAAAUAACGAAGUUUGGGGUUCCCGGUCUACUUAUUAUCAUUUAACAUUUUACUGGUGAUAGGACCUCUUGUGAGUCCGCACGGGUAGGUACCACCACCCUGCCUAUUUCUGCCGUGAAGCGGUAAUCAGUUUCGGUUUGAAGGGUGGGGCAGCCGUAACUAUACUGAGACCUUAGAACUUAUAUCUCAAGGUGGGUGGCGCAUUUACGUUGUAGAUGUCUAUGGGAUCCAGUAACCACUUAACACAAGGUGUGCUGUGAGCUCGUCCACCCAUUUGAGCAAUAAAAAUAAAAUAAAACAUUCCGUUUAUGACCUACAUACAAUAAUUUUAUGUUGAUAAACACGUUAGUUCGUUACUUAACAGUAUCAAACAAUCGAAUAGUGGACUUUUCCCAAGGCUAAUUCGGUUUCCGGCAGUAACAAGUAGAUCGAUAACAUGUCAUUGUCGAAAGCAAAGACGAUUAUGAAAAUUUGCGCAAACGUUUAUUUUUUAAAUCACAACUACCAAAAUUUUGUUUAGUUAUGAUAUAUGUAUGUAAAUACUUAUAAAUUGAGACUAGCCCUUGCAUAAAGUCCGCUUAGAAAUGUGCGAAAAAUUGGCAAUCUAUUGGCCUAUCUCAACCGCAAAACACGUUUUGGAUUAAAGGGUAAAAUUUAAUAACUUUUAGAUCUUGUAAUGAUAAAUAUUCGAGCAGAUUUUGAUAAAAAUGUUUGGUAAGUUAUACGCGGUGUAAAAUGUAACUACCCUCGAAGCUGCAACAAAGGUGCUAUGCAAAUCAUUAGCGAAAAUCGGGAGACGAAAUUGAUUUCGGGAAUGAUUCGCUUCCAUUGAUAGAUGGAAAAAUGUGUUGAGAGUGAAAUGAUCGGACUGAAUUUUAAAUUUUGACUUUUGAGUCACAAUUGCGAAUUGCAUAAAUUUAAUUUAAGCCCACGGUAUUCCGUUUUCGGGCAAAAAUACUUAAACAUUCCUUCAAAAAUAGAAUUUUGUAUUGAUAAAUGUUCGACUGACUUAGAAUUAUUAUCCCAUUUUUCUAAAAAAAAGGGCUUAGGAACGGAAUGUUCGUGAAAAUUGAGUGCCAAUUUUAAUCUAUUGUACUUUUCUAUACAUAUAAGUACUGUUAUCACUAAUGUUAAGGAAGAAAGAGGGGAGUGACGACAAAAAACGUGUAAUGAAUUUAAAAGUAAUUGUUUUUUGCUGGCACAUAGCCGCGACUUAAUGUGAUCUUUAAAAGUUUAUUCUUUUUAUUUGCCAACUGAUCGUAACAAAACACUUCAAAGAUAGUAUAUGCUUAUCAAAAUUAUCUAAGGCCAAUUCGUUCACUCAUUGGGGAAACGACUAAGUUGUCCAAAAAAAGGUGCAUAGACUAAAAAUAAAAAUUAUCUUUAUGAUUUUAUUUAAUAAUACGUAGACAUAAAUAACAUAUUAUCAGUUCUCUUUGUAAAGGAUUUUAUUUCAUAAUACGUACUUAGACAUAAAUAAAAUAUCAGUUCUCUUUGUAAAGUUUUGUCGACGUCAUCCAUGGAAUAUGAUAACUCGAUCGAUUUGCUGACUGUAGUCCUCAGAUCCUUGUAAAGCGGCUCAGUUUUAUUGCCACGCCGAGACCUUUGGCGUCCGUAAAUCUUUAUUAAAAUGUUUUAUGACGAUUGCCUUAUACGCGUUCAAUCAGUUUCGGAUUGUUGGGUUCAAUCGAAACGUAACUAAUACGAUAUAUUACUCAAAUAUUUAAACGUUUUGUUUGUUUGAAAGCUUAUCUAUUUGCAACCUCUUUUUCAGGUCUUCGUCUAUAUAUAUGUAAUAAUGAUAUUAUAUAGGAUAGUAUUAAAUAUGUAUUUUUCACGUGAUAUUAAAUAUUACAUGAAAGUGUCGACGAUUACAAGAUCCUCGUCGACAUGCUUGAUGAAAUUUGAUGGCCCGGUAGGCUUAGUGAUUAGUGACCCUGGCGACUGUACUACAGAAUUCAGGUUUGAUUCCCGAUCGGAAUCUAUCUUUGUAAAAUUUAUUAGGCAUUUUUUGCACAUAUAUUUUUUACAUGUAUAAUACAGGAGAGGACGAUAUCCGGAGGCCGUUGAUGGCCUAGAAAAAUAGAAGCUAGUAGAGAGAUGAUGCAUGUGACUAGGAGAUGUAUGGAAAUAGCAAUGCAAGGUAGAGGGGGAAGAGGUCGACCGAAGAAGACAUGGAUGGAGUAUGUGAAUGACGAUAUGAGAGACAGAGAGGAGGGAGUGUCAAGAUGACGGCUGAGAGAAGAGAAUGGAAUAGAAAAAUUCGCUGUGCCGACCCCACCUAGUGGGAUAAGGUGGAGAAAAAGAAGAAGAAGAAGUUGAUGGUUUACAAAAAAUCAUGUAAACUUCAGAUCACGGCAUCCUGGGUGACUACGAUUUUUGUUUGUUUGUUGAGAUUAUACCAAAGUUAGGGAGAGAGGAAAAAUGCGCGAAACCUCAAUCGAAACAGACGAGGGGUCUGUUUCGAUUGAGUUCUGUGUCAGUCGAGGUUUGGACAAGGCUCGUUGAGCGAUAGGGGCUUUUAGUUGGUUCAACUCCGAGACUGCCAACCUAUCGUCUAGUUAGAAGCCUAAGGAUUUCCUAACGAACCAAAAAAAAAAAAAACGCUCUGAGAAUUAAAUUAUAACUAUGUGCUUACGUAUUGAUAUAAGCUUGCGUGUUUAAAUAAAAAACAAAUAUUGAAUGUUAACGAAACCUUAUUAUUGCCAUUCCGGUUUUGUGACCACGAAUACCGAAAGAACUACUAAUUAUUCGCACGUUAAUUGAAGAUGUCGUACAACUGCGUUACUUGACUAUAUUUUAAUUGAAAUUGGUUUGAAUUCGGAAUCGAGGAAGUGACUAUUUGAUAGGAAAAUUCAAGCAUUUACUAAAGUGUUAAUUAUGGUAAAUUAAAAGCUUUUCAUUAAAAACUAUUUAUUUAACUAUGUAGGUAUGAUAUGCCUACUAUAUCUAAAUUUUUCUGGUAGCUUUUUAUUCUUAUCGCGUAUAGUAAAACGAUAUCUUUUUUAAUCGAUUUCAAAAAAGGAGGAUGUUCUCAAUUCGACGUUUUUUUUUGUUAGAUACCUCAUAAAUUUUGACUGAGUGAAUCGAUUUUGAUCACUCUUUUUUUAUUAGAAAGCUGACGCUUCCCGUGUGGUCACAUUUCAAUUUAGUCCAGUUCUGAUAAUGGUGGUAGAUGCAUAACUCAAUAUCACGUCAACCGAUUUCGAUGAUUAUUGGUUUUUAGUGUAUAUAUUUUUUUGGAAUAUCUUUUUUUUUCUAUUUGAUGUUGGGUUUUGUUAUGUCUAUUUACAAUUAAUUAGCAUGUCUAUUUACAUUUAUUCCAGACGGUGCUUAACAAUUAAGAACCUAAUGUGCAAUAAAACAAGGGCACGUAUGUGAUAUGCGUUCACGAAUUUCAAAGAAUAUUGAAAGGUGACUUUUUGUCUUUUGAUUUAAAAUUUUCUACAAUAUAGGUUCUCUUAAGCCUUUCCCGGGUAUGGUUAAAAAUACGGGUAUGGGAUCUCGCAAACUUAUAUUUUUCUUCUAUUUAAGUGUCCCAAAAAUAUCUACCUCGCGUAGACAAUGUUUGACCGUUGGCACGUAUGAAGAUUUGACACUUUGAGUUCAAGGUGGGUCAUGGGAUUCGUACUGCAGUUACUGCGGGAUUUGGUAGGUAUUUGCUUAACACAUGACACAUACAAAAUUAAGUAAUCUUCGUCGAUCUUAAAAUAUUUUCACGGGUGUCUAUUGUGAAUAAGUUCAUGUUAUAUUCGAACAUAGGUAUAAUAGUUGUAUAAUGGACUGACAGAAAUAGAACUGAGACUGAAGAAGUACGAAAAAUUCAGUAGCAUUGAAAUACCAAAAAAUCUAAGAAAAAAGUAGGACUGACUGGGAUCCGAAAGUGACAAAAAAACGAAUGACACUUUUUACAAGUCAGCGGCUGCGAGGGUAAUCCCAGUCGGCAUUAAUCUGGCUUACACGAGAGAAAUUUGCAAUUUUGUUUCCUGCCCUUUAUUAUCUAGCCGACCGACAAACGUCACUUCUUUGUGGAUUAUUGUUUGUGGACUGCGACGGAUCAUUUAUUCUGUUAACAUAAUUGGCGCGUUGCCUAGGCCACGAGGGCCAUAAGUUUGGGGUUUUCAUUGCCUUAGAACGAAAAGGGGACAAUUACUUGAUAGGGAGUGGUCGGCGUCACUCACCAGCAAUGCCAGGGUUACAGCUAAGCCGCUGCUCUCCGCUGAGGACUCUGGGGAGUGUAAUGUGGAAAUAAUAGACAGUAACAACUGCAAAUAGCACACGAUAGUCAUAGUAUGGGUUCGUUCAGGUUGAUUUAUAUUUCGUGCGUGAAAAUUUGAUCACAAAAUGUAAUGUUUUUUCAAAGUUGAUAUAAUUAGUACACGGCGGUAGUAGGGCGGAUAUACUUAAUACAUGAUUUUAAAUCGUAAAUUCAAAGCAAUCCACGUGAUUUUGGCAAAUCUUUUACCCUGUUUUGGGUAAAGUUCGAUUAUGGUUUCUAAUUAAACUACGAAUCCUAUAAUAUUAUAUUUACAUAGAAGUCAUAUAUAAGUGAUUUUAAUAGACUGUAUUUUAAGUUUACCAAUUUAAUAAUAUAGUUCUUUUAUAUAAAUAUCCUUAGAAACUACGUAUGUAUGUUAAUGCGAAGUGUAAUUCUAGUCAUUGUAGUUGUAUUAAUGUGAUCUCUGAAUAAAUAUUUGAUAUUGUGAA